AUGGAGCCGAGCGUCUCCAGCGACAGCGGGGUUCCGCCCGCGGGCGGGACGGUGAGCGCGGCCGUGCAGGAGCACCUGCGGCAGCUCUGUCUGCGCGAGUUCCCGUGCGGCACUGGCAGCUGGAAUAAGUCUCGCUUUCUUCCUCAAACAUGGCGAACCUGGAGGGAGCUGGUCCCCAGGGAGGAGGAGACGGUGAGCGCCGGCGAGGAGACCGUAGAGGCCCUGCUGGGCCUGGUGCGGAGCCACCACUCACCGUGGGCCCUGCCGAAGGGCUCCAGUGCUGAGGACAGUUUUCUGAGAGAGUUAGCUAUCCAGAGUCCGCUGAUGAUCAAAGACACCUUCUUCUACUCUUACUUCCGGUCCCUUCGGGUGGUGGACAAGGGGGUGAGCCUGGUGGAUCGAGACCUCCUGAAAUUCCUAAAUCUUGAGGAGCUGGUUCUGAGUGCCAAUAAAAUCAUGGAAAUUGAUGCCACCAACCUGCCCCCAACACUGAAGGUCCUGGAGCUUUAUGGUAACUUGAUCACCAGCAUGAAGUGUCUGUGCACGCCACCGCCCCCAAGGCUGCAGCACUUGGGCCUAGGCCACAACAAAAUGCUGGGCUCCUUGGAGAGUCUGUAUGUCACCUCCAACCACUGGCCCCACCUUGUCUCCCUGGACCUGGGAUUCAACGACCUGACAGACCUGCAGGGCAUGAUAGCGAGUCUGAGAACCCUGCAGCACCUAAGGCUGCUGGUGCUGCAGGGAAACCCGCUGGCACUGGUGCCCUACUACCGGGGAUUCACCAUCGACAGCCUGGCUGGGCUCUGUGUUCUGGAUGACGUCACCGUGACUCCCAAUGAGAAACACCAAUUCCGAGGGCUCAGCGUCAGCGGUGACCUGUUGGCACGUGAGGCCCAGUUUGUGGUGACCAUUGGAAACCUCAAAGGUGUUAUGGACAACUCGGUCUUGGACCCAGAGCCAGGCCCCGAAGGGCCUUUUAUCACCUAUAACUAUUAUGUGACCUAUGAUUUUGUGAAAGACGAGGAAACAGAAGGGACCAAUGAGAUGGCCGAGGUGGACCCUGACAGUGUGCUGACUGAGAUUGUCAAUCCCACCUUCAGCACAGAAGAGUUGGAUGACGAGGAGCGUGAGGAGGCCGCCGAGGAGGUUCCUGAGCAAGUAGCAGAGGAGAUGACCGACGAGAUGGCCGAAGGGUCUUUAGAGUCUGGGGGGACUGAGCUGGGAGAGUCAGAGUCAUCGGUCAUUUCCGUCCACUCUGCUCCCCUGCUACAGUCCAUUGACUCUUCAGAAGAGCUGGCCAAGCUGCGGCCACCUAUAGAUGCCCAAGUCUGCUCAUCCCCAGGGACAGUCUUCUUCAGCACGGUCCACAAGCCCUGGGAGGAUGUCAUUUCCUGUGACUACGAGAUGCAGCACACCCUCAAAGACCUGGUGCCCGUUAAGGCCUUCCUGCUGUCAGGGACCACCGUGACCAUUGUGGAGGAGAAGAUCCUGUCCUGGCCCUUGGUGCCACCUCCAGUUGAGCUUCCCUUGCCUGGCAAGAAAGGAAAAGGAGAGAAUGACAAGCGAAAGGAGAAAGACAAGAAAGGAAAAGUGGAGGAGCUCUCCAAGGAUCGGAAGGGGGUCAAGAAGAAGAAGGAAUUGCCCAAGGAGCUGCGCCAGGACCCACCUGUGCUGACAGUGAUUGGCAGCGGCCUGGUGGUCCUGGAACCCCUGCUGGUGGGGGAACCCAUGGUCUCCACGGUGUGCAACUUUGGAGUGGUCCGCACUCUGGAAUCUGACAAGUUGACAAAUCUCAGGGAUUCAAAGAAGACAAAGAAAGCUGUCAAAAAAGAGAAGUCGCGGUCCGGGGUGGCGCUCUCCGAGAGCGUGUACGAGCCCGAGCCGCUGACCGUGGAGGUGACCAUCCAGCUGAUCCAGUGCCGCUCGGCCGAGGAGGCGCUGCUGGGCCUGGUGGCCUAG